CUCAGUUAAAUGAAUUUUGGCUGUGUGUCUGAAGCUCCUGGAACUUUUCUCACUGCAUAUAUACAUUGUACACAAGUGCUUAGCCCCAGCCUGAGAAUUAUUGGAAUCUUCUGGUAAAACAAAUUUGAACUGCAGGGGGAGUUCUGUGGAGGAAGAUGCAUCCUUUGAGCAAGCUGAUGACUAUCUCAAAACCUCAUAACCUGGCUCAUGAACAAAAUGAGGUCCUGAGAGCAAAUACGUCUUGGCAGCAGGAAACCAUCCCAGUCAUGGAGACAGAUGACUGUGAGGCCUCUCGUCAGAAAUUCAGGCAUUUCCAGUAUUUGGAAGUGUCUGGGCCUCGUGAAGCCCUGAGCCAACUCUGGGAGCUCAGUCUUCAGUGGCUGAGACCAGAAAUUCAUACAAAGAAGCAGAUUCUAGAGUUAUUGGUGCUGGAGCAGUUCCUGACAAUUCUCCCUGAAGAAGUCAGGACUUGGGUGAAUUUACAACAUCCAAAGAAUAGCGAAGAAGUGGUGAGCCUCAUACAGGAUGUGAUUGAUAUGCUUGAAGAUGAAGGUAUAACCUGCAAGGAUUCUGUCCUACAUCAGAAAGGGAGCUUCAAGAAAGAGAAAAUGGAAGCUGACUUGAUAACAGGCAAAUCCCAGGAACCAGUGAAAUUCAAAGAUGUGGUUGUGGAAUUCAGCAAGGAAGAGUGGGGGCAACUGGACCCUGAUGUAAAGACCCUGUACAGGCGUGUGAUGCUGGAGAACUACAGGAACCUGAAUUCACUGCAUAAAGAGCAUCUACUUUCCAAGCCAGUUGAGACCUCCAAGUUGGAGAGUAAGAAAGAAAGUUGGAUAAUGGAGCAAGAAAUCCCAAGAACAGCUGUUGCUGACAGGGAGAGAAUUUCAGAAAAUCAGGAAUUAGUCCCAAAACAGAGGAUUUCUGGAGAAAAAUCAUCCCAUGCAGUGAUUAUGACAAGACUGACCGAAGGUGGACAUUUUCCUUUAGAUGUCUGGAACAGUGAUGACUGGUUAUAUAGGAAUCAGGAACCCUGGGACAUAAAUUUGCCACAAGAAGUUUUCAUUCCUAAUAUAGUCUACACUGAGGAGGGAGACUUUGAAUAUAGUGAAAAUAAGGUAAGCUCUGAUGUUAAGUCAGUUAACUCAGUUUUUGAUACACAACAGGGAAUUCCUAUAAGAAAGGAUUCCCCAAAAUGUGAUCAGCUUAAAACUAACUUUGAAUUUAAUUUAGACUCAGUAGGUAAGCAGCAUUCAGAAUAUAAUAAGUGUGGAAGUGCCUUGAGCCUGAGUACAGAUAUUCAGCACCCCAAAAGUCAUACCAUAGUGAAUUUCUAUAAAUGUUAUCAGUGUGGAAAGGCCUUCAGCCGCAGUUCAUCCCUCAUUCGACAUCAGAUCAUUCACACAGGAGAGAAACCCUAUAAAUGCAGUGAAUGUGGAAGAUGCUUCAACCGACGUACAAACCUUACUAAGCAUCAAAAAAUUCACGCUGCAACAAAAGCCUGGGAAGGCAAUCAGUGUGGAAAAGCCCUCAGUGAGCAUGAAGGCAGUAAUAAAAAUCCAGGACUCCGUUCUGCAGAUAAUCUCUAUGAAUGUGUUAAGUGUGGAAAAUCCUUCACCCGUAGCUCCUCACUUAUUCGACAUCAAGUGAUUCAUACAGGAGAGAAACCAUUCAAAUGUAAAGAAUGUAAGAAAACCUUUAACAGAAGUUCAAACCUGCUUAAACACCAAAAAAUUCAUACUUGAGAGAAGUCCUGUGAUAGCAACAAUGUGGGAUUCCUUCAGUCAGAGUGCAAAACUCUUCAAAGUCUGUGAAUUUCUUCUGGAAGGAAUCCUGUGAACAUAGUAAAUGGAAGAAAAUAUUUGUCAGAGAGUAUUCUUUAAUUGACAUGACUGAAUUAAUACUGGAGGUAAACUGGAUGGAAAUCUGAGGGAGCUUUUCCAGGUUUCAUAUGAAGCCAUAAGGGUUCGGAACUAAACACAGCAACGUGGUAGUGUUUGUCAUUAUUCUGAUGUCCAUUUACCACCAUCUCUCCCUGGUUCAUAAAUGAAACCUACGGAAUACUUACAUUUACCUGAUCUAUUGAUGAAGUAGAUAUUAGGGUGGAGCCAAGCAAUACCCUUGGAGUUGACAUUUAUUAAAACUCAAACUUUUCAGUCCUUAUAAGAAGGUCACAACAACCAGGAGCUCAUGAAAAUAUAGAAGGACACUUCUAAGAACUGACUCUGAAUUAAUGCAAAGACCACAGAGACUGCCAGUUACUCCACCCGUGGUGAUGUCCUUGGGUGUCCUGGUGCUGAGUGGGGCCUGGAACUGGAAGAGUAUUAUCAGCUGCAGUGGUGGGUAGAUAUGUUGUUAAUCUACAUGUGUUCUCAAUAUCUGCAUUUGUUAAAGUACUCUGGGAUCUAGGCUUGGAGACAUCCAUAACCCUAAGGCUGUCAUUUAUCCCAAACAUUAAAAGGUCAAUGGAGUCCUAAUACUCUGAGUACCAGAACUGCCUCUUUCUUCUAUAAGUUGCCUUGGGAUCCCAGAGGAUUCUUGAACCAAGAUGCUUAUGUUAGUUUUCCCCCAAAGAAACACUGGAGACAUGCCCAAUGAAUGUUGAUGGUGGCUUUUGUCAGGGUUCAUACCUUAUCCAAAGGCAGAAAAUGUAUUCUGGAGUGAACCCCUCCCUACAAUGAGUUAAUAAAUGUGAAACAUUAUUCUGUGUUCAUUUGUUCAUCCUUUACACCACAAGCCGUUAAAUUAAGACAAAUCCCUACAGAAGUAAUUGAUAGGAUUCUCCACAAAUUGUCUUUUAUUUAUAUGAAUUUCCCGAACAAAA